CAAACUGAGGCGACAUGAAAUUUAAUAAUGGUUUUAAUUUUAAUUUCAAGUUUUCAAAAAUUAUUAAAUUAAAAUCAGUGAGAGUGAAUAGUGAUAAAUUAUUUUGACCUUGGUUUAGCUUCAAAUCCUCCUAUAUAAUCUCAAUCUUAACAUUGUUAUUACCAUUUAUAAUUUUAUUAAGAGGGAAAAGACUUCGUUAUUUUAAUAAUGACUUCAGCACUUUAUUUGGAGCAUUAUCUUGAUAGUCUCCAGCACUUGCCCAUAGAAUUACAAAGAAAUUUCAAGUUGAUGCGGGAUUUAGACGAUAGAGCUCAUGGUUUAAUGAGGACAAUUGAUCUUAUGGCUGAUGAAUUACUGCCGAAUAUUCCUCAAAUGGACGAAGAAACGAAAAAAGAAAAAGUAAAUACUAUACAAGGGCUAUUUAAUAAAGCUAAAGAAUACGGUGACGAUAAAGUUCAGCUUGCAAUUCAAACAUAUGAGUUGGUGGACAAGCACAUACGGCGCCUUGACUCUGACCUCGCACGUUUCGAGUCCGAAAUUCAAGAGAAAGUCAUGAGUUCUCGGGCAGCACAACAAGCUGCUAGUGAACAGGAAGUAACUCCAACAACUGUUAAGAAGGGCAGAAAGAAGAAUAAAAGUAAUGACAAGUCUGUUUCAUCGACGGGCAAGAAAAAACGCCAAGGUGCGUCGAGUGAAGACGAUGCUGUUGCAAGUGGUAGGUCAGCAGCUAAGAAGAAGGCGUCAAAGAAAGGUUCAGGAGGUUCAGCUAACCCUACUAAAGAACAAGAAGAAAGUGGUGACUUGGAUUCUGUGGCUGGCAUGACCCAUCCUAGUGAUGUAUUAGACAUGCCUGUUGAUCCAAAUGAACCCACAUAUUGUUUGUGUCAUCAAGUAUCCUAUGGAGAAAUGAUUGGUUGUGAUAACCCAGAUUGCCCAAUUGAAUGGUUCCAUUUUGCAUGUGUUGACCUUAAAAUUAAGCCUAAAGGUAAAUGGUAUUGUCCUAAAUGUACCCAGGAUCGAAAAAAGAAAUGAUCUAUAAUAAAACCAUCAGUAAAGACAGAAGCUAAAAUCUUAGCGAAAGGAGCUGCUGAAAAGACUGUUAGUGUAUAAAAUGGAAUUUAAAUACUUUACCUUAAUAUAUUAAUAUUAAUUAUUUAGUAAGAUAUUAAAUUGAAGUUACUUAUGUGAUCAUGAAGUGUAAUAAUGCAAUGAUAGACAAAGCAUAUUCUUAGUAAUUAUUAUGUAUGUGAAAGCAAAUUACAUAAUGUUUUUUUGCAUUUGACUUACCUUGACAGUAUGAUAUUUUUUAGUAAUUUAAAAAGAAAUUAUUUAAAUGUAUUGAUUUGAAUUAUGUUAUUAAAGUGAUAAUGAAAUCAAUUUACUUUUAAAAUAAAGUCUUGUAUAUCAACAUCAUCAAAUAUUUAUAUAAAGAAUUGACUGAGUUUAAGGAAAACUACAGUUACAAUCUCUGGCACCUUUACUUUAGUUAACUUUCUUUUGACAAUCAUUUUAUGUACAGGGUGCAAGAGAUUCUAACAGUGUGUAAAAAUUAUUAGUUAAUCUACCUUGGAUAUAUAAGUUAUGUAAAUAAUGAGAUGAAAUUUGUAAAUGUUUUGUCACAUCUGAUUUUGAAUAAAAUUAAUUUAUUUGAUAAAUUUAAUAAGUACAUUUGAGACAAUUAUUUAAGGAAUCUGACCAUCACAAUGGCUAUUAAUAUUAUAAGAACUGUUCCAAUGAAGACAUUUAUAUUUCAUAUAUACAACUUUUAUUUAGUGGAAUAAUUAUCUACUAUAAUGUAUCUGAUUUACGGUUUUACCAAAUUAUUUAGUUAUUUUAUAACAUAUGCAAAUUAAACACAUCAAUACUUGUUUAAUUAAUAUAGAUGAUGUGGGACAUAUAUUUACAUUUUUGAUAUUUAAUUUUAAGUGUGCAUAUAUUUUAAUAAGUAUUGUUUGUGUAAUUAAUUUGUAAACAAUCAAUUCAAUUUAUUCCUCUGUACAUAUUUUAUGACUUGUGAAUGUUGUAAAUUAAAGUGUACCUGGCAGAUGAAAUUUUACGUUGUAACAUAAUAUUCAUUUCAAUUUUUGUAUGAAUUGGAUUUUCUAAUCAAUUCAGAUAUAAAGUGCAAAAAAAUAUUUUGACAUUUGUAUUUUGUAGUACACAAAUUAUUUGAUUAUCAAAGAAAUCUUCAAAUAUUAUUCCACUAUAUGUUCUAUAAUUUAGUUAUAAUUAUAUAUUAUUUAUAUAUGUAUAAUGCUGUUUUUUUUAAAUGUGAUUAUUAAAUCUAGUUUAAGAUCUGUGAAGUUAGUUUGUAUGUCAAUGUGAAUUUUAAAAUAUGAUUUGACAGCUCAUGAUUAGAUUUUUACUUGAUAUCCAUUUCAAGAAAAGUCAUAGUUUCUUUUUAAUUUUAAUUUUAACAUGCUCUAAUCAAUAUUGUUUUACUUUGUUUUUGUU